AUUGUGGACGGCUCCCCCCCCUGCUUCAGAACUGCAUUUUUCUUCCAAGAGAAGGACGUGAAAUUUACCGCCAUUUGUUGUGGAGCUGAGGAUUUCUGUGAACAUGAAGGUACUUGGAAUUUUCAUUUUCUUGGAAACUGUGGGAACUUUCUCUGCUUUUUCAAGGCCUGCUUCUCCAGUUCACUGCAGAUGGAAUUCAUUUGGUCCUUGGUCAGAAUGUGAUGGCUGUACUAAGACACAGGUUCACAGACGAACUGUAGCAGCCUAUGGUCAGUUUGGAGGACACCCAUGUUCUGGGAGUUCUUUUGAAUCCCGCCCAUGUGUUGCUACUCGAGGGUGUCCACUGGAAGAAGGAUGUGGUGACCGUUUUAGAUGCUCAUCAGGACAGUGCAUUAGCAAAUCAUUGGUGUGCAAUGGAGAUCAUGACUGUGAGGAAGAUGGAGCUGAUGAAGAUCGAUGUGAUAAGGUCACAACAGUGUGCGAGAACAUUAAACCUCCACUUCAGCCACCUCCUAAUGUUGAGCUUACAGGAGCAGGCUUUGAUGCCCUUACGGGUGAAACCAAACGUGGAGUCAUUCACACGAAGAGUUUUGGAGGUCAGUGCAGAAAAGUAUUCAGUGGUGACCAGAGACAAUAUUAUCGCCUGAGUGACAGUGUCCUGGCUUACACUUUCCAGGUGAAAGUUGAGAAUGACUUCAGCACUGAAUUUUACAAUAGCAGCUGGUCUUAUAUGAAACAUACAGAAUCCCGUGUAGAUGCCAAUGAUUUCCAUGACUACACGGAGAGAAAAUACCAAGAGAGCACUUCCAAGAGUAACCAUCUGAUGGUUAUUGAAAACAGUGUGGAAGUUGCUCAGUUCAUCAAUAAUCGGCCAGAAUUCCUAAAUCUUGCUGAGCCCUUCUGGAGAGAGCUUGCUAAGCUUCCGUCCUUCUAUGAAUAUAAUGCAUAUCGGAGAUUGAUAGAAAAUUUUGGAACACAUUUCCUGCAGUCUGGGUCUCUGGGAGGAUAUUACAAACUUCUCUUUCAUGUGGCAACAGAUAGUAUGAAAUCAGCAGGCUUAAGCACGAGAGACAUGCACAAGUGCUCUACAUCAGGCUGGAAUUUUUUUUUCGUAAAAAAGAAGAAAGUAGAAUGUGAAAAACUGGACGAGCUAUUGCGGCAGUCUUCAGGUACUACCAGUAAUGAGAUUAAGACUGAUCCAUAUGUAUUGGGAGGGAGUCCAGGAGAUGUGGCUGCUUUAAGCUACUUGGAUGUGCAAAAUCCUGCUGCAAAUAUUGGACGAUAUUCCCGCUGGGCCAGAUCUGUGUCCUAUUACCCUCGAGUAAUUAAGCAAAAGAUCACACCCCUGUAUGAGUUGGUGAAGGAAGUACCUUGUGCCUCAGUCAAAAAGCUUUAUCUGAAACAAGCCAUUGAAGAAUAUAUGAGUGAAAAUGAUCCCUGUAAAUGCCGGCCAUGUCAAAAUGGUGGCCAACCUGCUAUUGUUGGGACUCAGUGUGUGUGUUUCUGCAAACCAUAUACUUUUGGAGUUGCUUGUGAACUGGGAAAUCUUGUACAAGACCAGCCAGGAGUGAUUGAAGGAGGCUGGAACUGCUGGUCCUCUUGGAGUCCUUGUACAGCAGGAAGGAAAUCAAGAAGUCGUAGCUGUAAUAACCCAUACCCUAGUGGGGGUGGAAGGUCUUGCAUUGGCAAAACAAUAGAAAACCAGCAGUGCGAGAGUGAUGAAUUGCGACAUUUUCGAACAAUAGAACCACACUGCUUUGAUGUUUCUACGCUUGGCACCGAAUCUUGCCCAUCACCUCCACCCCUGGAAAAUGGAUUUGUUGAAGAUGCCGAUUUGUCAUAUCCCAGGGGGAAAAGUAUCAGAUACACCUGCAAUAAUGGGUACGCUCUCGUGGGAGACCCUGUUGCUACCUGCAGUGAAGGCUUGACGUGGAUCAUUGGACAGAUGGAAUGCCGGAAAACAUCCUGCAUCUUGCCUGAACUGGAAGGAGGGCUGAGCGGACACCCAAUGAAACCUUCCUAUCAGAUUGGUGAGAAAGUACAGCUUUCAUGCCCUGCUGACAUGCAGCUGGAAGGAGCGACCCUCUUUCAGUGUGAACCUAGUCUUAGAUGGUCUCCUAAUAUCAAUGACAUCCACUGCAGAAGAAGAGUUCCCAGCGUGGCUCCUCCUGAGCCAGCAGUGACCAAAUGCCAACCAUGGGAGAAAGUUCAAGAGACAAGAUGUGUGUGUAAGAUGCCUUAUGAAUGUGGCUCUUCUCUGGACGUCUGUGCUACUGACCAAAGAACUAAGAGGACCACGUUGCUAACUGUUUGUAAGCUGCAUGCACUUGAGUGCAUGGGCAGGCAGUAUGCUUUAGUCAGUAAGGAAAACUGUAAAACUCCCGUUGCAUCUCAGCGAUCCUGUAGUUCAUGCCAUUUGUGGGAGACCUGUAACGAGUCAGCGAACCAGUGCACUUGCAAAGAUGCUGGACGGUGCAGUGACGGAGGAAUAAGCAUUUGUGUUGAGGUGGAGGGAAGCGUUGCCCAGCGGACUAUGACUGAAUGUGAAGCUGGCAUCCUCAAGUGCCAGGGAGAGAACAUCAGUGUUGUUAGCAUAAAACCCUGUGAUGGACAAAAUCAUUCCUAAUGAAGGUACUUUGAGACAGGACAUGCUUAACAAAAUGUGAUGCAACUAAAGGACAGGAUUUAUGGGAACAAGAUGUUAUUGAAACUAGGAAAAUGACCAUCACUAUAUAGAUGAUAUGGGAAGAGGAAGAGAACAAAAAGUUGGGGUGGGCACCAAAUCUCUCUGCUUCUCUAGAUACCUGUCAGCCAGUAGCAGGCUUUAGAAGUAUCCAGUGUCCUAUAGAGUAGAUUUUGUCCACAUGACAAGCAUGGAGCUUCAUCUUUAUGUUAUAGAAGUGCAUGUCAGUUGUUCAUUUAUAAAGUGAACGUCUAAGACUGUAUUUGUGGGAAAUCUCUACUGUGAUAUUAAACUGCUCUCAGCAGCUUCAGUUUUCACAUCCAUUAAGACCAAAACCUUUAGAUUACGUCUUAGUUUCUUCUUACUUAGUUCUGCUUCUUAAUCCCACUGGAGAAGAGGAAGGGAGCCCUUGGCUUCGCAGAUGUUUUGGACCACAACUCCUGUAACAAUAUUGGCCAUGCUGUGUGGGAGUUGUAGGAUAAAACAUCCUGAUGCCCAAAGGUUUUCCAUGCCUGCAUGAUGGCACUUAGCCCUCAAAUUUGGUUCACGCUGAGUGACUUGGAGCUAAUCAACAUCAUUUAGUCAUUUUUUUUCAUUGCUAUGUUUUAAGAAAGAGAGAGUGGUGGUGUGGAUUGAGGGAAAAGGCAGAGAGAAACAGAUAUGGAUAGUUUCAAAGUUAGCUUCCCAUAAUAGAGAUAAUUGGAUUGCCCAUAGAUGUUUCUCUUUUUACAUGUUGGUUCUGCAAGGCAAAUCUUAGCCUUGAGAUAGCCUUGGUACUAGAUUUUCUUCCUGACAAUUAGUUGUGUCAGUCUGUUCUAGUAAAACAAAAGAUAGAAGCCUUCUGGUGUCUUUAAGACAAACAGAUUUGUUUUAGCAUGGGAUUUCUCGAAUUACAUCUCUACUUCCUGAAAUAUAUGGAGUACAGCUUUCACAUCUCAGGUUUAUGUCCUCAGCCUACAUGGCUGUAGACAACAUGGGUCCAUUAAUAUUCAAAGCACAUGAAAAUUAAUAUUCAAAGCACAUGAAGGGCAACUGGGCAAAGGCAAGGAAAGUUCCUGGUUUUGUUGCCUGUCAGGACCUGCAAUCAUAAAAGGGACAGUAGAUAUUUGGUAGGCUACCACAUGUUCUUGGUGAGCUGUUUUUAGAUGUAUAUACUUAUAAUAAUCUACACAAUUUCACAAUGUCUUCUUUAAGUAACCAAAGACUACAUAGUAGUAGACUUUUUCAGCCAUUCUCAAAUAUUAAAAAAUUGUGACAAAUGUAUCUUCUGUCAAUAAAUAAUUAACAACGUUUUCACAAAA